AUGCUAUCAUCCAGCAAACGUCUUCAGGACCGCGCCGCUGUGCAGAAGGAUGACAAGCUCGUCUCUUACAGUAGCGACGCCGAAAGCGUUUGUGGUCACGACAGUUUUGUAGCAGACUACGACGAUGAGGCCGAGGAAAUCGAUGAAUCCUGGAUUCCCACCGAUUUUGUGGUUGAGGACGAUAUCGUUCGAGUCUAUGUCACAGCAAGGGAUAAGCCGAUCGAAGUUUCGAAGGCUCUGCUGUGCCGUGACUCGACCUACUUCAAAGCUGCCCUGACUGGUCGUUUCAAGGAAGCCGUCACGAACGAGAUCCAUCUCGGCGAGCGAUACGAUCUGUUUCAAGUCUUCCGCAAAUGGCUCGAGGACGGCAACCUGGAUUUCUUAACACUAGAAGCCUGGCCCCGAACUGCAGACCAGGUCGACACCGCUCUCGUAGAGAUCUACUGCUUUGCUGAUCGUAGAGGCGUGCCGGCCAUGGGCGAUCAGAUUCUCGAGAAGUUGGACAAGUUCAUCAGACCUGAGGGACUGCCCGUUCGCGUUGACUUCAGCGCCAUCAAACUGGCAUGGGAUGAACUCCCAGAAACAUCUGGGCUGUGCCGCUAUCUGCUUGCCAUCGAACGCGACGCCGACCGCUGCAACUUGCCUAGCCGUGCCGCUGCAGAAUUCGAGUGGCUGCCUGGACACUUCACUCUCGCCUUGCUCAAGGCCACUCACGACGAUACUGAUAAAUUCCUUACGGCAUCAGUCCAGAAGCAGCCUGUUGAUGUUGUGAAGUUGCAGGCACUCGUCAAGGAUGUUGGUGGUGCGGAAGGGGCGUACAGGGCUAGGAAAUGGCCAUGGAUCUGCAGCACCUUGGGUACCAAAGCACCAUCAGGAUGCGAUUCGGACAAGCUGUGGGCCCACAUGAGAGCACUGAACAGAACAUGGCUAAGCCCUUGGGACGCCAGUCUUACUCCAAAGGACAGAUCAUCAGCCGAAAAGGAGUGUCCAAGACCAUUGGCCAAGGACUUCUACCACGGCGCUGUACCAAGAUUUGCUAUCAAGAGGAAGAGCACUACCGACCACGACAGACACAGUUACUACGACUGA